GGGGUUUUGCAGACAGAACUGCUGGACAACUUUGGCUUGAACCUGCAUCGCAUUGAGAAGGAUGUCCAACGCUGUGACCGCAACCAUUGGUUCUUCACCCCUGACAACCUGGACAAGUUGCGGAACAUCAUGUGCACGUUUGUGUGGGAGCACCUUGAAAUGGGUUACAUGCAAGGAAUGUGUGACCUGGUUGCCCCACUUUUGGUGAUUCUGCAGGAUGAAGCUCUCACUUACUCGUGCUUUGGGCAACUCAUGACACGCAUGGCUGCAAACUUCCCUACUGGGGGUGCAAUGGAUACCCAUUUCGCCAACAUGAGAUCCCUAAUCCAGAUACUGGAUUCAGAGAUGUUUGAACUAAUGCACCAGAAUGGAGACUACACACAUUUCUACUUCUGCUACCGGUGGUUCUUACUUGACUUCAAGCGAGAGUUGGUCUAUGAGGACAUCUUCAGCAUGUGGGAAUGCAUCUGGGCAGCUGGGAAGGUGGCAUCCCCACAUUUUGUCCUCUUCAUUGCCCUUGCCCUUGUCCAGUACUAUAGGGACAUCAUCCUUGAUAACAGCAUGGAUUUCACUGACAUCAUCAAGUUCUUCAAUGAAAUGGCCGAGCACCAUGAUGCCAAAGUGAUCCUGCGUAUGGCCCGAGAUCUUGUGCUCCAAUUGCAGACCCUCAUUGACAAUAAGUGAAUGGGUAACCAACAGCAUUUCUUUCUUCUCUUGGUGUUUUUUACUCCUAUACAGGUUUGUUGUCUGUCAGACUUGUUACCUCUAUGUGCACAACUGGUCAAUAGUUUUGAAAUAUUUAUUAUUUGAUUUUUUUUUAACUUCAUGAUGUUGCAACCUCCCAUAUAUUUGUUGAGUUUUUCAUUCCAAUCUUGGUCUCCUGUUAUAUGUGAAUCUCAGUGUGCUGACAUGAAAGUAGUGGCCUGAAGCCAUUGUGAGGAACUGUCUUAUUAUUUGCUUCUACAUUGAAUUUCAUGCAUUCUUCUCAAAGUAUUUGAAUUGCUUUGAGUUUCUGUUUUGUGACUCUCCUUGUUGUGCCCCUGGAUCUUCCUUCCCAUGCUCGUCAAGCUCCUCAUGGUUGUGCUGACUUUUAUUGAAAUUUUUUGCAAGAAGUAGCUUGUUGCUGAAUUUGGUGUGGCUCGGUGAUAUCAACCAAUCUUCCCAUUGUGAAAAGCACCUAGGUUUUGCUAUCUUGGAUUCUUCUCUCCCUG